UUCCCUCCGUCUUUCCCUUCUAACCAAACAAAAAAAAAUUACAUUUUUCAUCCAACUCCUCGUUCACCAUUUUCCAUCCAUCCUACUUUCUCUUGUACCAAACAGGCCAUUAAAAAUUGGAAUCAUUUUGCUUGUCGUGGGGAAGGUUGCCUCUUCAGUCUCCCCUUGAUAUUCCAUUCAGCUUCACAGCGCUGGCAGGCAGGACCGAUAUAAAUAGAUAUGCAUAAGCUGUUACGUAACAGCCUAGCUGAAAAAAUUAUUAAUUUUUUUUAAAACCUGAAAUUAAGCUGAGCCGCUUCUCUCUCUCUCUCUCUCUCUCUCCUGGUUCUUUCAAUCCUGAGGUGUAUCAUCUCAUUGUUCGAGUUUACUCGUAAUACAGAAACAACUUCGUUUUGGAGUAGAGAGCUUUAGGGUAAUUUGCGGCUUUGUUUCUCUCUUAAUUGUCUCAGUUGUGAACUCUGUUUGAAUUCCAAGUGGGUGAUGGAGGAUUUGGAAGGAGAGAAUAAGAGGGUGGUGGUCAUUGGUGGUGGAGUUGCGGGCUCCCUUGUUGCCAAAACUCUCCAAAAUUUUGCCCAUGUUGUCCUGAUUGAUUCGAAAGAGUAUUUUGAGAUUACAUGGGCAAGCUUGAGAUCAAUGGUUGAACCAUCAUUUGCUGAAAGAUCAGUGAUUAACCAUGCUGAAUACCUUCCAAACACACAUGUUAUUGUGUCUACUGCAAUUGACAUAACAGACAAUGAAGUAUUGACUGCACAAGGCUGUAUAACUGCAUAUGACUAUCUUGUAGUUGCUACAGGUCACAAGGAUACUGGUGCCCUUACAAAAACUGAGAAGCUUAGGGAGUACCAAGCAGAGCAUGCAAGGAUAAAAUCUGCUAAUUCCAUAUUGAUUGUUGGUGGGGGCCCCACUGGUGUAGAAUUGGCUGGUGAAAUUGCUGUGGAUUUCCCUGAAAAAAGAGUCACACUGGUGCAUAGAGGAUCAAGGUUGCUAGAAUUUGUUGGACAUAGGGCUAGCAGAAAGGCACUGUAUUGGUUGACAUCAAGGAAGGUUGAAGUCAUUUUAGGACAGUCUGUUGACAUAACCACUGCCUCAGAUGGUGUUUAUCUAACAUCUGGCGGAGAGACAAUCACAGCUGAUUGCCAUUUUAAGUGCACAGGCAAGCCAAUGGGCUCAUCAUGGCUUAAGGAGACUAUUUUGGAGAAUAGCUUGGAUAGUCAUGGAAGGUUAAUGGUUGAUGCAAACUUGAGGGUCAAGGGUCACAAGAAUGUCUUUGGUAUUGGCGACAUCACUGAUGUUCCUGAAACCAAACAGGGAUAUUUGGCAGAAAGGCAUGCCUUGGUGGUUGCCAAGAAUUUGAAGUUGCUGAUAAUGGGAGGACAAGAGAGCGGAAUGGCUAUUUAUAGGCCCGCUCCUCCGAUGGCCAUUGUUUCACUCGGGAGGAGAGAUGCAGUGGCGCAAAUUUUCUGUAUAACAAUAAGUGGACGCAUUCCUGGCAUGGUAAAGUCCAAGGACUUGUUUGUGGGGAAGACAAGGAAGCAACUUGGGUUAAAAUCUAAUCUCGGGUAGGCUAACAUGUGAGAUGAAUUGCUCUUUUUUUAUUCUCCGCCUUCCCCAUGUUUCUAAGCAAAAAAGAAAAAGAAAACUUAAUAGAUUGAGUUAUUACAUUAUAGUAGUUGAUUUAGAAUUGCAAAAUUUAGCACCGAAGGUGCAUCGAAUGAAAAUUCAAGGUUUGUAUGAAUUAGACAACUGUUCUUUGCUUUAUUAUGUAGGUUUCUAUUUUAUAAUGUAACUACUUGUUGGCGGACCUUA